CUCAUGACGUCACGGUUCUUAAACAUUAUCAUAACACAAAAUCGAUUGCCAGCCAUAUUGGAGGCUUUAAGAGAUUAGCAGGACAAACAAGCGACAAUUUUUGUUGUAAAUAACCCUUUUUGCCACACAUGACGGGGCAGUAAGAUGGCGAAGAUACAUUUCGGGUUAUUCCUCGUGUUUUUCAUUGGACAUGUGUAUUGUAUGUCAGAGCCCAACCUCUAUGAACCUGUGAUACGUUCCCAGAGGACUAACAAGAAAGGAGUGCCUGUGUUUAAAGGGACUAUCAGUGAGGACCAAGCAACUGUCAAACUUGAUUCCCCACUCCGGGCCUUCGACAACGAUUCCACAGGCGGAGCGAAAUUCAUCUGCGGCUACGAUGUGAUCUCAUUGAAACAUGAAGUGCCGUUUGUGGUGAACGUCAAGAACAGGGCAACCGGCGAGGCAGAGAUUAAUCUUAUCGAGGGAGCUCACCUAAACUACGAAAAACGGGCUCGCUACAAGUUUAGCGCCAUCGCCUAUGACUGUGGAACACCAAGGAGAGAAUCAAAUAGGGCUAUUUUCUUCAUCCGCGUGAAGGAUGUGGACGAAUUCCCACCGAAGUUCAUCCAGGACAACUACUUUGUGGAGAUGGAUGAGGCUCGCUUCUACGACUCGUUGGUGCGUGUCAGAGCCACGGAUAGUGACCGCUCACCUGAGUACCGCGGCAUCUGUGGUUACGAGAUCCUCACCAACAAUGUCCCCUUUGCCAUUGAUCGGCGAGGUAACUUGAGAAACACUGAACUGAUACACUAUAGACAGCACCACAACUUCAUCCUGGAACUAGUAGCUGUCGACUGUGGAGGCAAGCGCUCCAAGAAAGCUGUCAUUAACAUCAAGAUGAGGGAGGUGUGCAAAAGUGGAUGGCAAGAUAUUCCUGACCACGUCAACUAUGAUGCUGGCAGUGGACAGGUCAAGAUGGUUCCCGGGGCAACCCUCAAAUGGUGUGACAACUCCUGUGUACCACAGAAGGUCAAGGUCAAAAUGCACCUAGCAACCAAACAUAUCGGCAAGGGAUGUGACCGUGACACCUACUCCAUUGUCUCCCAGAGGAAACUCUGUGGUGCCAACGACAACAGUGUUGACCUGUUGCCUUCUCCCAGUCUGACGACCACCUACACCAGCACGCUCCACGUCGACGACGGCCACGAGAGCGACCAGAUCUUCUACUUCGACGGGCAGACAAAUGCGGUGGAGGUGCCCGCCUCUCACUUCAACCACUCCCUGCACGAACACUUCACCAUUUCAACAUGGAUGAAGCAUGAAUUCGAGGACUGGACCGUCAGUCCUGACGGCCGCCCAGAGAAGGAACACAUCGUGUGCAUGUCUGAUGGCGAUGGUAUGAACCGUCACCACUAUGCGUGGUUCGUCCAUGGCGAGAAGCUCGUGUUUCUACUGCGACGUGAGGCUGGGGAUGAGGAGGAUAUGAAGGUGUUUAAGCCUGCAGAGUGGCGCUGGAGCAUCCCUCAGAUCAAUGACGGGGAGUGGCAUUACUAUGCCAUCAGUGUUGACUACCCACACGUGCGGAUGUAUAUUGACGGCAAAUUACUGAUCCCUGACCAGGCCAACAUGGAGGUAGUGGAUGACUGGCCUCUCCGCAACACCAUCAAAGUCCAUUCCACCAAGCUUGUCGUUGGUGCCUGCUGGCAGGGUGGUAAAGAAAAGUUUGAGCAUUAUCUGCAGGGAUUCCUGGCAGGUCUGUCCAUAUUGAAGGGUCAGACAGAAAGUGACCGUGUCAUUCACUGCCUAAACAGCUGUAAGGAAAACCUUGACUUCAAGGGAACAAAAGCUCUGCUCACUGGUUCCGCGGUGAGCUACAACAGCGAAAUGACAGAGUUCACCAUUGAGGGUAAAAAUGUGACCAAAGUGCAGAAUCUGGUUCGAGAUAUUGUCUACCUCAACGCUCGGCAGUUCCCAACCCCAGGGCGCCGAAACAUUGACAUUGCAACCAAUGUCCACUGUAACGGUAAAGAAGUGAUCCUACCGGUGGCCGAGACCUAUGUUAUGGUCAACCCUGCUCCAAUCCCUUCAAUCUCCCUCUCUGGACCCCACAUCGUCCAGUCAAGCGCUUCCCAACUUCUCUCCGGCCAGAAAAUCUUCACUGGCCUUCACAUCAGUGUCGACUUCCUGCUCCACAACGGACUUUCUCCACAGGAGGAUGAAGAUGAAGAUGAAGAUGAAGAAGAAGAAGAUGGAACAAUGCCAUCAAAAAUACAGAAACUUCAAGACAAGUUAUCUCGUACCAGGAACCAACAGGAAACAGUGGACAAGGACAUCCCACAACAGAACAUCCUGCUAGACUCUUGUACCAUUCGGGCUGACCCCCCUCUGGACUUCCGUGUAGAGCACCUCAGUCUCCCAGAGAGCACCAUCUCACGAUUCAACAUGCACCUGGAGGGAAGCGAGACCAACAGUGGCCUUGACAUUACAAAUGCUGAUUCUGUGGAAAACUACGAGCGAGUGAUGCAGGAACUCUACUUUUUCCACAACAAGGGAAACUCUCUCAAUAGCCGAAAAUUUAUCCUCAGCUGCUCCUCUCAGAGUCGUCGCUUUAUCAGCAACCAGCUAGAGGUCAAGAUUGUGGCUGUUCACAGCGAGCCGAGGAAAAUUGUUCAUGCCCAUGCCCAGGAGAACCGCAUCCAGCAGUUUAAGCUGGAAAACAACAUUGGCGGUAGUGUUCCAGUCGGAGUGGCAGCCCACGCCUCACCUAAUGUUGGAAUGGUAGCAAUCAUUGUGGUGUGUGUGGGCUUCCUGCUGUUCAUGAUCAUCCUGGGUGUGAUCCGUAUCCGGGCGGCACACAGGCGUACCGUAGUACAGGUGGAGGACAAGAUGAUGGAGAUGGAGUGGGACAACUCGGCCCUCAACAUCACUGUCAACCCGAUGGAACAGAAGGAGGUAAGAGAAAAGGUGUUUGAAUAUGAAGAUGUUCCUAUGAAAUUGCGAGAUGAUUCUGAUAGUGAUGAUGAUAUUGACAGUUACCAUGACGAUUGUGAUAGUUCAGAUGAAGAAGAAGAGGAAGUUGUGGUGAAGAAAGUGAAAGAUCUCGAGUGGGAUGAUUCCACAUUAUCUUUCUGAGGCUGCGACAGUCACUCCAAGAUCUGAUCGAAAUCUAAAACAUACAAACAGUAGAUGUUACAAUCAUAGAAGUGUAGUUUUUUCUGGACAUAAUCUUGACAACUUCGUCAUUAUAAAGCAUAAAUAUUAUUAGGCAUAAUGUAUACAAUUUACAACAAAUGUUGUCAUGCAUAAAUAAUAAGGUUUAUGCAUAAUUCAUCCAGUGAGAUUUUCUCAUAGCCAUCAAACGUUUUUGCGACAAGAAUUCACCAAAAUUUUGUUGUUGUCAAAAACUACAAUGCUAAAAAUAUUUUGCAAACCAUUAAAUGUAUACUCUUGUGCACAUUUUUUCAGUUGCAAAAUGUUUGUUGUGCAAUGUUUUAUAUAAAACAAUAGCAGUCGGAGAAAAUCGGUGUUCACACCCGUAGUUCAUAUUUGACAUGCUUUGUAUGAAUGCUGUGUUUCAGUCUCAGCGUGAAAGCAUCCAAAUGACUAGGAUUAGAAAAGAGAAGGGCAGUUAGUUUGCACUUUUAUUAUGGAUGAAAAAUGUCUCUAGUUGAAUUAGCUUUAUGGCCAGUUUUAAUUGGGUGUCGUGUAUUAGAAAAUGCGACCAUGUCAACUUACACCUUCAGUCAUUUUUACAACGAGCGGAGUAGGGAUAUAUGUUAAUUUGUAUUAGUCGGGGACGAGGAAAGAAAAUCAUAUUCUCUGGUCCAGUAUUUACUGCUAAAUUGUUAUGCCCCUUUUUAUUUUACCAUAUCAAUCCAAUAUUAUUUUUUCUCCAAAGUUUAAUUUAUAUUUAAGUUAAAAUAUGUUGAAUUUAUUUUUUAACAAAGGUUUGCUUCAUGAACUUAAUUGAGUUACUUUGGAUGUGUAAUUUUGCAAUAUUUGAGCACAUCGCCUGUAAUACCCUUUGCUUUUAUUUUCCUUACUAAAUAAAAAUAUAUUAACAAAUUCUAAUUGAUUUACAUUACAAGUUAUAUGCUUUAAAUUUUUGUAUUAAAAGAACAAUAUAUAUAUACAAAGACUUUUCCAUUCCAUGUAAAUAUGCUGAAGGCUAAUCUAGAGACCAUCUCUGAAUGGUUAGUAAAAUGGACUUUGGGUCCGUGUUUUAUUUUGGAGUGAACAAUUGUUUUAUCCAGGGGAAGCUAGUGCCAUUAUGUAUACAUGGUGUUCUUUAGAAAUGUGCUCCUUUCCUUACUUUUGCCUCAAAGUGCUAUACUAUUGGAGAAAGGCACUGAGUUUCAUUCUAUAUAGCAUUUGCUAGCUAGCUAGUUUGCUGCUUUUUUGUUAAGAGAUCAAUUUUGCUUCGUUACAAUUUUUUUAACAAUACAUUUUCACUUUAAUGAGGAAAACUCCCAUUUUAAAAUGAAGCUUGGCAUCAUUUGUAAUGUCUCUUUAUGUAAAGCUGUACAGAGUUGUGUUUUUUGUCUGUUUACACUAUUUUAUCUGAUAAUAUUCAACCUUUAAUUAUUUAUUUACAACCUACAAGUUUUCUUGUUUUAAAUUGGUUGUGUUUUUUACUAAAUCUAAUAUCGAUCCAAUCAGGAAUCUGAUUUGAAUGAGAUUGUGAUAAUUUUUUUUUUUUUUUUUAUUUAUAAACAACCUACUAACACAUUCUGUGUAUACACUAAAAACUUAAAAUUCACCUUAUUUUAUUUUGAGCUAUACAGGGGGGUUACAUUAUUAUUAUAUAAUUUUUUUUGUAAAUAUUCUGAAGUUAUCAUGUAAAGCUAAUUCAAACCCAUUACAUUCCAGGAGUUACAAUGACAUCUGUAUCGCAUAUAAAAAUAUACAUUUAUAUCCAUUACAAAAUUUACAGCACUUUCUUUUAAUCAGUAUGUAUUACGUGGAAGUGUGUUGAACAAUACAGACGUUGUGAGAUGGGAGGACUGACAUCUAACAGAAUGAUAUCUUUGCUGAUUGACGCAGAAUGUCAGACUUUGUAAAGCACAUAUCGACAAUAGAUGUUUAAGAACUAGAGUCAUUGUUGUGUUACAGAUUUUGAGGGUAACGGUUGUGUCAUUUAUCCCUCAUUUUGUAUACAUGGGGUUACUGCUAAAUCUAGGUCACAUGGACUACCGACAUCGUAAAAAGAUUUCAUCGAUAAUUACUGGUAGCCAUGAGACAUAACAAUGUGUUGUAAUUUUUUUUCCGUGUUUGACAAAACUAUUUUGUGAUAAAACUGUUAACAUUCUUUGUUGUGAGCUUGUUUUUAUAUCAUUGUAUUACGCAUGUACUACUUAUGUAGGUCGCUGUUACCUACACAAGAUGCCGGUACCCAGGUGGUGUACUUUACACAAAGGACCUAGACUGUUGCAAAGGUGUCUAUACCUUCUGUUUUAUGUGACUAGCUUUGUUGUGAUUCCAUGUCACAUAGACUGUUAGUGAUUUUUUGUCUUAUAUUGUUAUAUCAUCUUCUCCAUUAUGUGUAAUAAUCCUUUAACGAGUUGUACAAACUUUGUCAAAUUUUAUGCCAGUGAUGCUUGCAUUGUUUCAUUUUUUUAAUUUUUUUUUGUGUGUAACACAUUUUAUAACACGAAAUUCCUGGAUAUUUCUAUUUCAAUCAAAAUAUUUUUAUUUUCCUCUUUCAAAAUGAAUAACUGUUAUACAAGAGAAUCGAAGCACCAUUGAUAUAUCUCCAGGUCAGUUCUAGCUCUUUGUCCACCUUGACCUGUAUUUGACCUUUGUGAUGUGUUGACCUUGACCUUUGUGAUAUCAAACGAUGUGAAAUCAACAUAGGGUAUAUAUAUACAUGACUGAAUGUUGUAGGCACUGUACAUACCAUUCAUCACUGUUGUAAGCAUCAACAUUUUAUAUAUUGCAAAUUUCCCUUCUUUUCUUCUGCUCCUGAAUGACUCAUGCCACAUGUUAUGUGUACCUGCAAGAUCUUAUCGCCUGCGAGCGAGAAUUUUCAUUUAUCAUGUUCUUGUUACCAUUUACAUCUAAUACUUAGAAACACUAUAUACCUCAUCAUCAUAAGGAGCCCAAAAUUUCUGUUUUGUCUUUUUUGAUCGUGAGAGACCUUUCACUUGCUGUGUAACAAUUUUUUUCCCUUCUGAACAGAUAAACAUUUGUUGCUUCUGUCCUGGGAUAAUGUUUUAAGUCUGAAGAAAUCGGGUGUGGUUGAAAUUUUUGUAAUGCUAUAAUUACCCUUUCUGAUGGUGAGGUAUAUACUUGUGAGAAGAAAAUCAGGAAUUUUUCUUUUUGUAUAUUUACCAAUUCAUUAAUAGACAUAAAGACUCUUCCCAAUGAUUUUGACCAUGACCUUGAAAUGUUUUCAUAAGUUUUGUACAAAGUCACUGGCGCAGAUGGAGGAAGGUCAACUUAGAAUCAAGGGAAACAACUCUCAUGAUUUUGAGCAAAUGAGAUUCCUAGCUUUGUGCUAUUCCUUGUCCUCGUAUAUCUCUUCAUUUUGUGUAGCAAAAAUAUUCACCGGUAAUAUAGACAAGAGACAAAAACGAAAAGACAAUUAAUUGCAUAAAGAAAGGGAUUUUUCAGGCAGAAGGUUAUCUUCCUCCGGAUGAAGAAGAGUUCCGGUGUAUCCAUUCAGUAGUACAACAGGAUAUGGCUAAAAACCUGAAGUAUUUCCCAGUGUCCAUAUGUCAGAAUUAGUAUUUUGUUGCCUGCUUUGCUUUUCUAAAGCAUUACGAUGCGCAUGAUAUUACUUAUUUUAGGCUACAGUAUCAAAUUUUGAAAUAGAUGGGAUAUACAUAAGUUUGAUUUUCUUGAUAAACAUUUUCAGUUUCCCAUUAAUGCAAUGUGUAUAGAUAAGAAAAUGGCAUCGUUAAAUUGUGAAUUAAUUAUAUAAAAAAAAUGGAAAGAGUGUGACUUCAAUCAUAAGGGCAGUUAAUUUGUCCCAGAAUCAUCAAAAGGAUAUUAAUUAAAUUCCCACCGAAACUCAAUUUUAUAGUGAAGGUACAGACAUGUACUUAACACACUCUAGCACUGAUGUGACAGGGGACCCAACUUCACACGAAGCUGACAUUAUUUGUUGUUUUAGAACAUCCAUCAUCAGCUGUUUCUUGUAAGUCUUCCUGUAAUAAAACUUUUAAAACUAAUAA